AUGGUAAGUCAUGGUGUCAAAGAUGCUGGUGGGAUCUGGACGUGGAGAACCGAUGAGCAGCGAGCAGCCGAGAAGCAGCAAAUUGUGGAUCUUUUCACCAAGCGGAUGAAAGAAUCUGGAGAUGCCAAGGAUCUCCUUGAAAGCAAGCGCAUCCACGUAGAGAUCAAAGAGAAGGGGCUGGGUCGGAACAGGCUGCUCACAAAUCUUCUGAUUGAAAUGUAUGGCAAGUGUGGGAGCCUCGAAGAUGCAAAGGAUGUUUACACAAACAUGGAUCAUCCGAAUGUGUUCUCGGGAAACAUCAUGAUGAACGCGCUCAUUAAAAACGGGCAUCUUCAGCAAGCUAGAAAUGUGUUCGAUCGAAUGCGCGAGAAGAGUGCGGUGUCCUGGAAUACGAUAAUUGCGGCAUAUGCCCAAGUUGGGGAUAUGCGGGAAGCUAUGAGUAUAUUUGACGAGAUGCCUUCUCCAAACGUGGUAACUUGGAACUCGCUGCUCGCCGGAUACUCGGAACAAAAGGAUCUGGAAUCUGCAAAGAGGAUCUUUAACAAAAUGGGAAAGAAAAACCAGGUAUCAUGGACAACCAUGGCUCUAGCUUAUGCCCAAUGCGGGCAUUUGGAGAAAUCCCAGAAAUUAUUCGAGGAGAUGCCUGACAAGGAUGAGAUCUCGUGGACGGCCAUGAUCUCCGCUUACGCAAUCAAUGGCCACAUAGAGGGCGCACGCAGUGUAUUCGAUCGAAUGCCCUUUGAGAAAAACGUGGUGGCGUGGACAGCCAUGCUUAAUGCUUACACUCAGGGAGGGUAUCUCGAAGAUGCCAAGAAUCUCUUUUGGCAGAUGCCAGACAGGAAUGUGGUGUCGUGGACGGUGUUGAUUCAAGCGUGUGUGGACAAUGGAAACAUAUCCGACGCUAAAGAGUUCUUUGACAAAAUGCCACAAAGGAAUCUACUGUCGUGGACAACGAUGAUCGUUGGAUAUGCCCAGAAAGGGCAUUUGCGCCAGGCAUGGAGCCUGUUCCAACAGCUGCCGUACUGGGACCAGGUCUCGUGGACCGCUAUGUUCCAGGCGUAUGCACGGCAUGGCCACAUCUCGCGAGCCAGGGUAAUGUUUGAGCGUAUGCCGUACCACGACGUGGUGGCAUGGGCCGCGAUGGUCCACUCGUAUGCCCUGACAGGGCAUACGCUGGAGGUGUUUGAAGUGUUCCAGCUCCUGCUACUCGAGGGCGAAACGCCCGAUGAUGGAGUGUUCGUGAGCGUUUUGACCGCCUGCAGCCACAGGGGCUUCUACAAGGAAGGCUUGCGUUACUUCAAGUCAAUGAUGGGCGACCACGGCGCAAAGCCAAUGGUGGAUCACUACCACUGUUUGAUGGAUAUCUUGGGUCGAUUGGGUCGCCUGGAAGAGGCCGAGGAGCUCUUUGCGAUGAUGCCAUUCUCGAGAAAAUCGCUGGGGUGGAUGACGCUACUAGGUAGCUGUAGAAUUCAUCGCGAGUUUGACAGAGCCCAAGAGAUCGCUGGAAAGGCUGUGGACUCUGGGAGUGGCAAUCACUCGAUGUAUGUGAUGCUGGGAAAUAUAUACGGAGAAAGUAAAGGCUGCCGAUAG